AUGAGGCUUCCCGCUCUCCGCCGCAGCAACGACUCCUACACCAAGGUCGACGCCUCGCCGGCCGUCGUGGACGACGAACACUCCGAGAAGGCGCUCAACAAAUGGCAGCAGAAGCUCAGCGCCGAGACGCCGGUCGUGGACGAUCUGCCCUUCGCCCUGGGCACGAAGGCCCCGUCGGUCCGGUCCCCGCGCGCCCUCAUCGCCGAGCGGGGCAUCAAGAAGCACCGCGACAACGCGCAGGUGUCGGCCAUGGAGGCCUUCUACGCCACCAACCCCGACGUGUGGGCGCUCAGCCACUGA